AUGACAAUAAUUGUAAAAAGUAUAUCAGAAGAGUAUGGAGACACUGGACCAAACCGUCAUAAUGAUUUUAAAGGCAUUAUUGAUGAUACAGGAUUUGGUGGUAGUGGCAAUAUAAAACAAAUUGAUAUUAAAGGAAUAGCAGAAAUUAAAAUUGGAGAGUAUAUAGAUUCUAUCCAAUUUUCCUAUAGUGUAAUGACAAAUGACGGAAUAUCACAUGUUCAUCAAGGCGUUAAGUGGGGCUUAGGUUUAGGAGGUGUUCCAAAGGAACCAGUUGAUUUUACUGCUAAUGAACAAAUAACAAAGAUAAGUGGCAGACUUAUCCCAACCGGCGAAAAGAAAGUUAUAAGAUCCUUGUCAUUCCAAACAUCACAAAGAACACUCAAUUACGGUCUAAAUGUAGUAGGAGAUACAGAAUUUUCUUUUCCUCCGGGUAUUAUCUUUGGUAGUAGCGGGAAAGUUUGUUUUUCUAUUGGAGCAUAUGAGAUUACAACAAUUAAUGAAACAGUUACCCCUGUAACUACACCUGUAACUACAACUACAGUAAUAGUAACCACUAAUUCUGUGACAGAAACUGCACUUGUUGACAAUCCUCGAACAAUUAUCGGUUUCAGUAUUCCCUUAGCAGUAUUAAGCAUACUGUUACUAGUAGUUUUGUAUUAUAAAUAUAAGAAGAAAAAUGCCCCGCUCAGAAUACCAGGUAGUCAACCGGCCCAAAUGAUUUAA